AAAGCUCACAAGUCAAACAAGCUUACUUCAUUCUCUCUUCAACCUCUACCUCAUCUCUUAACCCUAAACCGUUCUAUAUAAAGACCAACCUCUACAACCUUAACCCUUCAAAUAAACUUUAAAAAGAAAGAAAAGGAGAAAAAUUUGGUAAGUCAUGGCAGAUAAUCUCUCCACAGGCCUAUACAGUUCUAUGAGCUGCUGGAGCACAAUAAGGAACACCUCCUCCUUGGACAUGAGAGACAUCGGCAAUGAAGCUUUCAAUUGGAACCAACCCUUUUUACCUGUAGAGCACUUCGGUGGAAUCCAGACGGGUUUCGGGAAUUCAUUACCGGGUCUGUUUGAAUCUGUAGACCCGUUAAAGGACAUGAAUGAUUCAUGGGCUAAUAAGUUUGGUAGCUCUGAGGUCUCUAGGGUUUCUUCCACUUCAAAGCAACAGUUGAAUUUCUCCAACAACACUCCCUUUUGGAAUCCUUCAGCCAUUUCAGCUCCUGUAAAUUUACCCGAACCGAUAUUUGGGAAUGAAUCCAGUAGUAGCGAUUUGAUCACAGUGAAGUCCUCUGAAAGAAAGAGGCCAACUGUAAGUGAUCAACCUGCAUCAAAGAAGCCAAGAAUCCCCACACCGUCGCCUUUGCCAACAUUUAAGGUGAGGAAAGAAAAGCUCGGGGACAGAAUCACCGCACUGCAGCAGCUGGUUUCCCCUUUUGGAAAGACUGAUACUGCUUCAGUGCUCCAGGAGGCAAUAGACUACAUCAAGUUUCUUCAUGGCCAAGUGGGUGCUCUAAGUACUCCCUACUUGAAGAAUGGCAUUCAACAACAAAAGGAUUCUGAGAAGGAUGAAGGCCUCCAAGAUCUAAGGAGCCUAGGGCUCUGUUUGGUUCCAAUAUCGAGCACAUUCGCAGUGGCGAGCGAGUCGCCUAUGGAUUUCUGGGCUCCUUCCUUCUUUGGAAGCUAUUGAUGAAGAGGUUCAUAUGCAGAAGACAGAUACAGCUUUACUCUCAAAUAAAUAUAUAUGAUCAAAUAGAUGGAGGCAAGACUUAGUAACUCCUACUUUCUCAUGACAUUUUAGUAUAAUUGAUUUGAAUCACAAAGUAAGUUGGGUUAGCUAUUGUUAGAAUCAAUAUAAAACUACAAUCCUUGAUCAAGGAUGGUAGUUUUGUAUUGAUUCUAACAGCUACAACAAGAAUGGAUUGAGGCUGGCUAGCCAUGGAUUAGAAAAGAGUUGGAGGAGGAUGUUAUUGUAUUGUUUUUGUGUAUGAUGUUGUGUUAGGAGAGAAAAGAUAAAAGUGGAGAAAUAAUUGAAGUCUUGAAAAGAUGGACAAAUUUAUAGUUAUCUUUG